CUUUUUUUUAUUUGUAGGGUUAGCAGUGGUAGCUUUGCUAUGUUGUGUGAGCUGAAUAUAGCUUUGUUAAGACCACCUUCUGAAUUAGCCUGAGACGUUUGUAUUUUGCGUGGCGAUCAGUCCGUCCUGGGACUCACUAAAGGAUCAUCCACUGACCCAGAGUGACUCCAUCCAAACAGGAGCGGUACCUGGACUGGGUUCCCCGUGGAAAAUAACGUAUAAAGCGAUUGAACAGCUCUGUAAAUACAAUAUCUAUAUAUUUUUUUCAGCUAGUAGGUUGAGUUGAAGGACUCGCCCCCAGUAAAGUUCUCUCAGCAGUCUGGAUUUUUCUGAUCAGGCGAAAUCACGGGGCUGAAUGGAGCUCCCACAGCAUUGUGUCUCAAAGAAAGUGGAGGUUCUCACUGACCAAACGUGGAUUCAGGAGAAAAACUCCAUUUUGGGUCAAAAAGACACUCAAUGGAUGAAGGACGACCAGGAUGAAUUUGAACAAGUGCAGACAAAGGUUGAAAAGGAGGAACCAGAACAAGUGCGGGUAAUGGAUGAUCAGGAUGAAGGAGAACCUCCACAGACAAAAUGUGAAAAGAAAGUACUACAAGUUCUUUUAAUAAGUGAGAAUGAGGGAGAACCAGAACUUCUCCUAGUUAAAAGGGAAAUGGAGGAAUCAGAACUUCCACAAAUAAAGGAUGAACAGGAGGAACUCUGUCUCAAUCUUGAGAAAGAACAGCUUAAACUAAAGCAGGAGACUGAUUCCGUCCCAGUAACUCCUACGUAUACGGAAAGGGAACAUAGGCAACCAGAAGUAAACCGGGUCCAACUGCAUAUCCAAAACCAGGAAAAGAAAGAUUGCACAGACCCAGGAUCAAGUAGUGUGAGUAGUGAGUGUCAGGAAAUUCGAGAUGAUGAUGACAACGCAGACAGAUCAAGUGUAAAAAAACACAAGAAUGAGAAUUUUUCUUCCUGUAAACUUUGUGGUAAAGUUUUAAGCCGUAAUUAUUUAAAUGAACACAUGAGAAUUCACACAGGUGAGAAACCGUUCUCAUGUUUGACCUGUGGAAAGAAAUUUGUUAAAAAAAGUAAUUUAAUAGUUCAUUUCAGAACCCAUUCAGGUGAGAAACUUUUCUCAUGUUUGACCUGUGGAAAAAGUUUUGGCUCAAGUGGAAAUUUAUUUCGGCACUUGAAAACUCACUCAGGUCAGAAGCUUUUUCCAUGUAUUACCUGUGGAAAAAGUUUUAGAGAAAGAGAAACUUUAUUGCAUCACAUGAGAAUUCACACAGGUGAGAAGCCCUUCUCAUGUAUUACCUGUGGAAAAAGUUUCAGGUUGAGAGGAAGUUUAUUUCGACACUUAAAAACUCACACAGGUCAGAAGCUUUUCUCUUGUGUCACCUGUGGAAAAAAUUUUGGAGAAAGACAAACAUUAUCUCAGCACAUGAAAACUCACACAGGUGAGAAGCCUUUCUCGUGUGCAACUUGUGGAAAAUGUUUCAGGCAAAAAGAAACUUUAUCUCGGCAUAUGAGAACUCAUACUGGUGAGAAGCCUUUCUCAUGCUUGAUCUGUGGAGAAAGUUUUAGGCAAAAAGGAGCUUUAUCAGGGCACAUGAGAAUUCACACAGGUGAGAAGCCUUUCUCAUGUAUCAUCUGUGGACAAAGCUUUAGCCAAAAAGAAACUUUAUCUCGACACAUGAGAACUCAUACAGGUGAGAAACCUUUCUCAUGUGGGACCUGUGGAGAAAGUUUUAGGCAACGGGCAGCUUUAUCUCGGCAUAUUAGAACUCACACAGGUGAGAAACCGUUCUCCUGUGUGACAUGUGGAAAAAGUUUCAGCCUGAAAGGAGGUUUGUCUCGGCACUUAAAAACUCAUUCAGGUGAGAAGCCUAUCUCAUGUUUGAACUCUGUCUAAGCGGUGUUUUAAAUCUGCUCAAAGAGCACACAUUCCAGUCAGAAAUAGUUUGUGCUUGUAAAUCAAAUGCCAUUGUUGUGAAUUAUGAAGUAUUAAGGCCAGACUAAUAUUUUUUUUUACUAUGAGAGUCAUAAUAAUGUGACAAUAAAGGCACAAUAUAAAUUAUAUAUGAACUGUAAAGUUACAAGAAAAGAGCUUCUACAGUGUUGUCAAACUCUGUAUAGAAGCAAGACCAUGCGGUUCUUUCUGCAAAAUCAUUAUAUUUCUGUAUAUUAUAGAUAUUUUGCAACUGAUUAUUUGAUUCUGGUGUGUCAAAAGAUUUAGUAUUUCUUUUGUACUGUAAAACCAAUACUAAAGUAAAACUUCACAAGAUGCUAAUUUUAACUACAUUACUACUUUCCCCCCUAAUUUUUCACAUUCUAAUGUUAGUAUUAUGUUAUUGUCUUAUUACAUCUCUAUUCUCAUUACAGCAAUUUUAUUCUUGUAAGCAUUUACUUUAAUUAUAUGACUUUUCUCAUAUUUUUACAUUAUUUUCAUAACUUUGAAAAAAUAUUAGUCUGGCUCUAAUACUCCAUGGUAGUUAAUUGAGUUUUGUAACCCAAAAUGUAAAAGUUGAACAUUUAUGCUUUGUGCACAUGUAGAUGGAAAUGUGUGUAAGUAAAAUAUCUGUAUUAUAUAAAUUUUGGAUUUUUUAGUUAAAAUGUGUAGUAUUAAAUUUUGCCACCUUGUAAACCAAACUGUCUUAAAUUUUUUUUUUAUUUUAUCGUACAUUCGUAGAUUAGAA